AUGGAACUGGACCAGAAAUUAUUUACAACUGUCAUAAUUCUGGAUGUUGCUGAAGGAUUUGAAAAAGUUGGGUACCAAGUAUCAACAAACACCAAUCCUCCCUCUAGCGGUUUAGUGCAGGUCAAGCAAAGGGAACAUCUACCCAAAGUGGUAUUUUAA